AUGCACGUUCCCCUCAGGCGGCUCCAGCUCCCGCUCCCUCUCCGCAGAUUGGCAAAGGAGGGGAGAAUGCCCCUCCAUAACCUUAACAACCCCUCAUCAGCCCGGGUAUCUCUCAUCUCGCGGCACCUGCGACAACCGGAACUGCAGACCACUACUUCAACUGCUCAGCAACAACGUCUACAGUCCACCAUGUCUACUCAACCAGCCCACCCUAGGCUCCUCAUCCCGGGGCCCAUCGAGUUCGAUGAUGCGGUCCUGCAAUCCAUGAGCCACUACAGUGAGAGCCACGUCGGCCCCGGCUUUGUCAACACCUUCGGCGAGGCGCUGUCCAUGCUGCGCCAGCUCUUCCAGACCACCGACUCCCAGUCACAACCCUUCGUCAUCUCCGGCUCUGGUACCUUGGGCUGGGAUAUCGUCGCCGCCAACCUGGUCGAGGCCGGCGAGGACGUCCUCGUACUGGCCACCGGCUACUUCAGCAAUGGCUUCACCGACUGCUUCAAGACCUACGGAGCCAACGUCACCGAGUUGAGAGCCCCCGUUGGCACCCGCCCCCAGCUUCCCGAGAUCGAGAAGGCGCUGUCCGAGAAGAAGUACAAGGUCCUGACCGUCACCCACGUCGACACUUCCACCGCCGUCCUCAGCGAGCUCAAGGACCUUGCGGCUGUCGUCAAGAAGGUGUCCCCUGAGACCCUCAUCAUCGUCGACGGUGUCUGCAGUGUGGGCGUCGAGGACAUCAAGUUCGACGAGUGGAAGCUGGACGGUGUUAUUACUGCCUCCCAAAAGGCGAUCGGUGUCCCUGCCGGUCUGUCGAUAUCCAUGUUCAGCGGAAAGGCCAUGCAGUCUUUCCAGAACCGCAAGACCCCGCCGGCGUCCUACUUUGCCUCGCUGAAGAACUGGACUCCUAUUAUGCAAAACUACGAGGCAAAGAAGCCCUCCUACUUCGCGACCCCUUCUCCUCAGCUGAUCCACGCCCUCCAUACCGGCCUUACCCAGAUCCUCGCCCGUCCCCUGUCUGAGCGCUUCGCCAAGCACAAGGAGGUUUCCGACAAGGUCAAGAAGGCCGUUGCAGACCUUGGACUGAAGCAGGUUGCCGCGAAGCCCGAAGACCAGGCCCACGGCAUGACCGCCAUUUACCUCCCCGAGACCGUCAAGGCCACUGAGCUGCUGCCCAGCUUGGCAAAGAAGGGAAUUGUGUUUGCUGGUGGUAUUCACAAGGAGAUUGCGCCCAAGUACAUCCGCUUUGGACACAUGGGUGUUAGUGUGACGGACCCCAACCGAAAGGAUAUCGACAACGCCAUCAAGGCGCUGCAGGACAGCCUGACGGAGGUUGGCUACCAGAAGCCGUAG